GAGGCGCACAGCACGCAGCUCCUCUGUAUCUUGCUACGCCGCUCGCAAUAUAAAAGGGGGCCGGACCACACGGAAAACGGGGAAAACAGGAAAAGCAAAACAUUGUAUUUUGACAGGAUGACCAACACUUUCCUAAACAUGGCGUCGAUAGGCGACUUCGACCCGCUCAACGCGUCUAUUCCUGCCACCAAAGUUGAAAUCACAGUGUCCUGCAGAAACCUGCUGGACAGGGACACCUUCUCCAAAUCAGACCCAAUUUGUGUCCUUUACACACAAGGAAUGGGCAACAAGGAGUGGAGAGAGUUUGGGAGAACAGAGGUAAUAGACAACACACUAAACCCAGACUUUGUGCGGAAAUUCAUUUUGGACUACUUCUUUGAAGAGCGACAGAACCUCCGAUUUGACCUGUAUGAUGUUGACUCGAAGAGCGCCAACCUGUCAAAACACGAUUUUCUGGGCCAGGCCUACUGUACUCUCGGAGAGGUGGUUGGAUCAUUGGGCAGUCGCUUGGAAAAACCUCUUGGAGGCAUUCCAGGGAAGAAAUGUGGGACCAUUAUUGUGAAAGCUGAGGAGCUGAACAACUGCAGGGAAUCAGUGAUGAUGCAGUUCUGCGGGAACAAGCUGGACAAAAAGGAUUUCUUUGGCAAAUCCGACCCCUUCCUGGUCUUCCACAGGAGCAAUGAGGAUGGCACGUUUACCAUCUGCCACAAGACAGAGGUGGUGAAGAACACAUUGAAUCCAGUGUGGCAGGCCUUUAAGAUCCCUGUCCGGGCUCUCUGCAAUGGUGAUUAUGACAGAACGAUUAAGGUUGAGGUGUACGACUGGGACAGAGACGGCAGUCACGACUUUAUUGGAGAAUUCAGCACCAGCUACAGGGAACUAUCCAGAGGGCAGAGCCAGUUUAACGUCUACGAGGUGAUAAAUCCAAAGAAAAAAGGGAGGAAGAAAAAAUACCUCAACUCUGGAACGGUAACGCUGCUGUCAUUCCUGGUGGACAUUGAAGUCACCUUUCUGGACUACAUCAAAGGAGGGACCCAGAUUAACUUCACCGUGGCCAUUGAUUUCACAGCUUCCAAUGGCAAUCCAGCCCAGCCCACAUCCCUCCACUACAUGAGUCCCUACCAGCUGAACGCCUACGCAAUGGCCUUGAAGGCAGUAGGAGAGAUCAUCCAGGAUUACGACAGCGAUAAGAUGUUUCCCGCACUGGGCUUCGGAGCCAAGCUGCCACCUGACGGACGGGUCUCCCACGAGUUUGCCUUGAAUGGGAACCCUCAGAACCCAUACUGUGCUGGUAUUGAGGGUGUGAUGGAGGCCUACUACCAGAGUCUGAAGUCAGUGCAGCUCUACGGACCCACAAACUUCUCCCCUGUCGUCAACCACGUGGCCAGGUAUGCAGCUUCAGUGAAGGACGGCUCUCAGUACUUUGUGCUCCUCAUCAUCACAGAUGGCGUCAUCUCAGACAUGGCUCAGACCAAGGAGUCUAUUGUCAAUGCCGCCUGUCUGCCAAUGUCCAUCAUCAUCGUGGGGGUGGGGCCUGCAGAAUUUGAUGCCAUGGUUGAGUUGGAUGGCGAUGAAGUCAGAAUCUCAUCCAGAGGAAGAUACGCUGAGAGGGACAUUGUUCAGUUUGUCCCAUUCAGAGACUACAUCGACCGGACGGGGAACCACAUCCUGAGCAUGGCCCGACUUGCCAAAGACGUCUUGGCCGAGAUCCCCGACCAGUUCUUGUCCUACAUGAGAACCCGCGGGAUCAAGCCGUCGCCAACGCCGCCUCCCUACACGCCGCCAGCGCAACCCAUCCAAACCCAGAUAUGAGAAGCCGGGCGGAGACAGGUUUCGGAGACAGGGGUCAGCUGAACUUUACGAGCGAAAUACUUCCAUUUCCCUAAAGGCCGCUCUCCAUGCCUUGUCGUCGUGGAUCACGUGUUCAGGAGGCUGCAUGUCGGGCCGGGAGAGUGUCGAGGAAAAGCCAAUGAGAGUCUGUUUACUUCCACUGUCAAGCAUUCCUGUGACUGUCUGGAUUUUUUGGGGGGGCUGGGGUAACGCAGAGAGGCAGAGAGUCUGAAUUUAAUCUGGGAGGAAAAGAAGGAAUGAAGGAGGAAAUGAAGGACAGCUUUCGAAACAAAGAGAAUGUCCCCAGACAAAACAAAGGAAUCACUUGAUGAACUCUUUCUGUAAAUAACUGGACAUAUGUCACUUCUUCUUUCUCUGUCUCUUUCUCUCUAUCUCUCUACAACUCACUCAUUGUUUACAGUAAACGCUGACAAGGAUUUUUACUGUUGAUACUUUUAUAUACACACAGUUUCAAUAUGAAGCUUGUAAUAUUCUCUCUCCUUCUCUCUCUCUCUCUCUCUCUCUCUCUCUCUCUGUCUCUCUUUCUCUCUCCUGGCAUGUGUGUCAGGUAGCAGCAGUGCAGGUCCUGGUAGCCCCUCUGUACCGUACCGUACCGUGCUGUACCGUACCGUACUGUAUUCUGGUGUUUGUAAUAACCUUUUGCAUGAGUGUAGCCUCAGUCAAGUGCAUGCAUAUAGUGGCCCUGCACUACCUCUUCUAUCCAUCUACUCAUCCAUCUGUCUGUCUGUGGGGGGUGAGUGUCUGUCUGCCUGUAUCCAUUUGUCACUUCACCCUCUCUGUCUGUCUGUCUGUCUGUCUGCACUGCUCUCAGGCCUGAGAAGUCUAUCUGUCUCCCUGUUGUACCUUUUCUUCUCAUCUGUAUCUCUCAUGUUCUUUCCUUUCUUUUAUGCCUCUGUCACUUAAACCAGCUGUGUUUCCAUCCAACUUUUUAUUUUCUUUUUGCGAGUUAUAAUAGACGAGCUGAAAAGAAAAUGCAUCAUUUUUAUGCUCAUCAGAGGACAGACGGAUUUUAUUGCCGAAUGUAGAAUAGCAAAGGAUUGUCCUUGGUCCACCAGACAUAAUCAGCUUGAUAAAUGGUGCAGAUUCCGAAAUGAAUUUUAAAAUGUAAAAAUGUUCCACGCUUCUUCCCAGAGAUGUUUUAUCGUGUAUAAGGGGUCCAACAUCUUCAAAAAGCCAGGAUAUGUACAUUACUGGUAUUUUUUAAUUGUGCUUGCAGCGUGGCUCUAGGGAUGAAAGUGUCAGUCAGCACACCACUUUGGUCAACACUGAAAAACCUCAACAGAGGUUGGAUAGAUUUCCAUAAAAUUAAGCAUAAAUAUUCAUGUGAUUUUUCAUCUAGCACCAUUAUCAGGUCAGAAUUUAAAUUUCCACAGUACUUUGUUCUUUGAUAAAAUACCUGAAAACCUAAAAAAAAAUCCUGACAUUCCCAUCCUCAGAUGUACUCGGUGUUUAGCAUGCUAACAAACUAAGAUGAACAUGGUAAACAUUGUAUCUGUUAACAUGUUAUUGUGUUUGCAUGCUGACUUUAGACACAGUGAUGCUUUAAGGUCAUUUUUACCAACCUUAAAGAGCCACUAGCAUGGCUGUAGACUCUUAAGGCUGACUUAUAGUUGUAUGCAGACUCUACACAGAGAAUACACCAUCGUCUACACAAGUGGUCUACACCAUUGCGAGCAUUUGUGCAGUGGUAUGUCUGUGUUGCUUUGCAAUUGCAUUCCAAAAUAUUAGUUCACAGUGGCGUUUCUGGAACACUGCGUUGAGUGUCUGUGAAGUGCCAUAAAGUUUGAUUGAUUCAACUAACGGACCUAAAACACACAUAACACAUGACUCAAUAGCAACAACAUUUAACAAAAGUAUGAAAUUCGGCUCUAUUUUAAUUCACAAGGUUCACAUACCGAACACUUGUCUUUUCCGAGACAUGUUUCCCACAUAAAUACAACAUGCUAACGAUAUUAGCACAAGCCUAUGACAUUUUACAUUGCAUGAAUUAGCCAAGCAGCUAGCGGACUUUUCCUUUACUCAUAUUAAGCAGAGGACAACAGCAACAUUUAACAAAGGUAACAUUACAAAAUUAGGCUCCUUUAUAACUCACAAGUUUCAACGACAAAAUAAUAGUCUUAUUCUAGACAUGUUUUUCCCACAUAUGAACAUGCUAACAUUAUUAGCAUAAUCCAAUGAGAUUGUAUUGCAGAAAUUAGCCUUUUGACUAGCAGAAUUUUCCUCUGCUCACAUGAACUCAGGAUGAAUCACACGCAACAAGAAACAAGUUGUUUCUUAUCUCUGAAAUAAAUUUAAGUAAAGCUUCGCUCCCACUAAUGGAAAUGAUUUUUCAGUUCACAGGCGCUGCUGCAGCCUGUAGAUUCAACACAGGAGUUUAAACCUGGCUUUAGUCUUGUGCUUUGUGUCAAAGAAACCGUACAGUAUGGCCAACGUUAGCAAACAUUUAACAACAAAUGUUUUACUUUUUUACAUUUCAAAUUUGUUUGCUUUAGCCACGAUGAUGAAGAUUCAAAUGGUGCAGUUUCUGUCUCCAGCAUUUCAUAUUCUCGCGUUGCUUUCUUUUUUACAUCUGAGUGGAAGCUUGGCUACUCUGUCUCUCUCUCUCUGUCUCUGAUCUCCUCCAAACUGCCUUGGCAAUAUGAUGCCCACAUGCCCAGGGGUUCCGUCUCAUCGUGUUGUCCAACACCACAUCCCCGCCUCAUGUUUAAAACGACAGCAGCUGCUCUCAAACUAAAUACUGUUUGAGCAUAAAGAGCCCAGUGGUCAAAAAUGCAGAGAAAAAACACACUUUCCCUUUGUUGGCUUUUUGUUCCAUUUGAUUUUUUUUUUUAUUUGGGUGUGUACUUUUUAUUGCACCAUUAGCUUUGAUAUAGCUUUUUAUAUGUUUGUUUUUAUGAUGCGUAUUUUUAUGUGCCAAUCAUGUGUAAAAGGAUGAUUUGUGUGAAUCCUGUCAGUUACUGAGGAUGUCCGACAAGUUUCCAAUUUAACAUAGUUUCUAAAUGAAGAAUGAGUUCUGUUUGAAUGUGGAAGGAUUGUUCAAUGUUGUUAUGAACGAGUGUUUCAGUGAUAAGUUAACAUGUUUUAAUGUGAAUGAGAUUUGUCUUUUAAAACAACAUUCUAUGAAAUGUUUGAAAAGUCUUACAAAAAGUGGGAAUGCAGGAACAUUUUAACAUUUAUUGGACUGUGAGUGAAGUACGUCGCAGCACCAACAAUGUGAAAGGAUAUUUAAGCGUUGCCGUGAUGUUAAAGCUUAGUAAUUUUAUUGUAUGAACACCCUGAAGUAGUCUUAAAAUAAUGGCACAGACAUUAUCAUUAUCAUGAUUUUGUAUGAAGUAAUAUAAAGCUCAUGACCACCACAUCAUCCGCUAACUCACUCUGAUGUCUUACAAAAUGAGACUUUUCAAUGAAAAUAUUAUGUAUUAUCAAUAAUUGUAUCAAAAGAAAUAUGUCUUUGCUAUAAGAUAUAAGUGCUGAGUUUCUGCUAUUGGCUGCAGAAAGGUCUUAACAAACUACGAAACUUUGGUUGUUUUCACAACACAUUGUCAUGCCCAACUCGUCAAAUACCGACCCUUGGUCAACAUGUCAAACUACGAUGCUCUGGUUCCCCUCCAUCGACAAUAUUGGACGCUCAGGAAUGGCGUACAAAUUUAUGGUCAUUACAUGCAUUGUUUUAUCAAUAUAAACUCUAGUUUUCACAGGAAAUGCAGUUUCCACUUGUUAAAUGCGACAGACUCUUUUCAAAAUUAACAAUUAUACGUAGGUUAAAAAAUAAUUAAAGUUUGUUUCCUUAGGUUAAGGCAACAAUGCCCGUGGUUAGGUUUAGAAAAAAACAUGAUUUGGCUUAAAAUAACAUUUGUUACUAGCGUAAUGUAAUGUCACAUGACCUACAUCAAAAGCCUAGUAUGCUACACAUACUAGCAUGCUAUUUUGUGGGUGCUUUCACACCUGCCCUGUUUAGUUCAGUUCAAUAUAACUCAAAUUCGUUUGCCCCCUGAGUGCAGUUCGUUUGGACAGGUGUGAACACAACAAUCGGACCGAGACCUUAAAACAAACUCUUGGUGACGACACAUGUUCCGACCUCGAUCUUCGAUCUUGUUUGGGUUAAACAUGAGCAUGUUACAGUUCUGGAGGAUUAUUAAUGUGCACCUCCUCCUGUACUGCCUUAAUAUGCACAUUCAGCACAUCCAAUGCAUCAAAACAUUGUUUUCUAGUUGGAGCCGCGCCUCGUUUUCAGACUGUAUGGUUUGACUAAAAUGAACAAUGACAGCAAUAUAGUCCACGAAGAGCAGCGCUAAAAUCAACCUGUGUAGCUGUCCCUCCAUUGUGACAUUAGAAAGUGUCACAUUUAUCUUGCAAGUGUACUCUUCUUCAACGUUUUGUUUACUUCCUGGAUUUUUACCACAUGGAAAUUCUAAUCAAUCAAGAGCAGCUUUCUUGAGCAGGCAUUUUAUCUGGUUCACUUGUAAAUGUUGCCAUGACAACAUGAACCAACUCUAGGCUUUGUAAAGAAAGUAGUCCCUGAUUCGGACCAAAGCAAGCGAACUCUAAGUCUGAAAGCUCCCUUGGUAUCACACUGGACACAAACAGCGAGCUCAUGGGUGAAAGUCCAGAGUUUGUUUGACCCAUUGACCUCCUCUCCCACUCGCUCUUUAUGUUAUGAUAGUUGCUCGGAGCGUCAAAAAUUGCAGCCGCCCCCCCCACCCCCGUGUGUCCUAUACUGCCGCUAAAGGGCGACCAAUGACCAAGUGUCUGUGUUUGACAGGUUGGGUAUGAGAGCGUGUUGGACCCCAGAUUUCAUAUAAUAUAGUUAGAUUACAGAGUAAAUUUGCUGCACUUUUUUACACUCUGAGUAUUUUAAGCAGUGAAAAGUUUGCUUGCUCAUACGUGUUAAAAAAGACACCAGACUGUGCAAAGUGACUGACACUGGAAAAAGUGCAACCCAGAUGUCUUAUACACACUCACAGUAGAGUGACAGAACAUGACUAUUUGUAACAGACUUUUUCUAUAUGAUUUGUUUGGUAAUAUCUAACAUUGCUGCCUUUUCUAGUUGCUUGAUAUUCACGAGUUCAUCUCAUAACACCCUCCUGUAUAGGCACUGUAGCAGAGUGGACUAACUGUGUGUGUGUGUGUGUGUGUGUGUGUGUGUGUGUGUGUGUGUGUGUGUGUUUGUUAGCGGCUGCAGUCGCACUCCUACAGCCACCCACUGCGAUCAAAGCGGAGCUACCCACAUCAUUAGGACUGCAGAGCUCAUUACUGGUUCAGCAGAUAUACUGUAAAACUCACAUCCUCCACAGAAAUCCAGCACUGCGGGGGUCGGAGAAGGGAUUUGUUCGAGGGUGGGACUACCUGCUCGCAGACAGUGUAGUCAGUUGAGCGUUUGAUGGUAGGGCUUGGUGACAGUUUAGCAUGAAUGCAGAUCAAAGCGAGCCUUUUGUGGCAGUCGCUGUAUUCACAAGUGACGAAUACAGGAUAUUGUGAAAGGAAAACUAUUGUUCAUUACAACUUGAGUUUUAUUUUAAUUGCUCCAGCAAGUAGUUGUUAAAUAAUUGCCAUUACUUUUAAUGUUAAAAUGAAGUGCAGCACAGUACAGGUACAGAACAGUCUGACUGACUCAGUUGUCAGUUAUGCAGCAGUAUCUGUCGGUUAUACCAGACCAAGUAAAGCUCUAGCUGCAGAACCCCGAGUGAAGGUACGUUUUAUUGAUUAUGAAGCCACCUUUUCAUUUGUAAGAGACAGAAUCUAAUUUCUUCUUCUUACUUUAAAGGUUAAAACGUAAUAACGCACCAGAAUCAGUGCAUUACAGCCACAGUGCUCCAAGCUACUUUAUGUUUUUUGACAUUUUUUAGCUCGAUAAUUGGCUGGACAGACUCAAACUAGAGCGCUGUUGUUACUUGGUGUCAGCACCAUACAAACAGCAUAGAGGAUACCUCUGUCGUGCCAUUUGAAUGGUUUACUACCUCCUGUUUCAAGUCACAUGUUCUUCAGAAAAUCCUUUCAGCAUAGGAAAAAGCAUCUCUUACUUUAUGCUCCCAAAUUUAUUGACAAGGCUUAUUAUUGACCAGGAAAGGACUCGGUAUGGAAGCAAAAAAUUGCUGUUGCGACUUAAAUCAUGUGAGCUAUGAAAUGCAUUUUAGAAUAUUUAACAUAAAUAUGUGUUAAUGUUAAAAUUUGAUAUGUAAUUGAAAUACCCCUCCAUUUAUAGCUUUGAAAUAUUUACUAUGAUAUUUGAAUUUAUAUGGUUUGAAUUCCCAAGUGGCACUACUCAAGUUUUAUUCACAGGCCGCUCUAAUCGAAUAAAGAUCAGCAGCGCAAGCAGCUUAUGUUUAUUGUAAGAUGGCGCCCUCUAGUGGCCUUAGGACUUACAAUAGGAGCAGAGGAGGAAGUGAGGUGCGUGGCAUGAAAAGCAACAAAGUGCGUGUAAUGUAAAAAGAUGGAAGUCUCUAUAGGUUGGGUGGUGGAAGGGUCAAACAGGCACAGGACCUUCAUCCAGAAGACCAGUGUUUGUGCCCCAAAUCAAUGAUGGAUCCUUUUAGUUACACCAAUUUAUUGACAUAUAUUUAUUUUAAAUCUGAAUCUGUGAAUUUGGGGAAAAAAUUUAGUUUAAAUUUAAAUUUAAAAAAUUAAAUUAAUAUGAAGACAUGCGCUGAAGUCAAGCCAUGUCUAUUCAGAUAGGUUACAACUUAAAAUGCUAUGAAGUCACUGAUAUUUAGUUUUAAGCAUUUCUUCACUUUCAGAAGUUUAUUCAUAUAUUGCUAAUAUUUCUUUGGCCUUUCUUUGCUUCCAUACAUUGACACACAAACACAUACACAUUAUCACCAUGCAGUCAUUGGCGCCAGUUAUUCUGUGUCAGUCUGCUUUAGGUGGACAAAUAUUAUUAAUAUAACUUUAUAUCCUUUUUCCAUCAUGGUGCAGCAGCUCACAAAUUUGCCAAGCCCCUAAAAGUGUGCGAAAUGUGUGUGUAUGUGUGUGUCUGUGUGCGUGCAUGCGUUUGAUAUAAGUAUACUUUGCGUGUGUGUGUGUGUGAGUGCAUGAGUGUGUGGCGCCUUUAUAAGAGUGUUUUAAUAGACCAUGUGAGGUGUUAACACACAUAAGAUCUUUGUUUACUAAAGCUAUCCAAAUAAUAUAUUGUAUGCUCGUCAUAUCUUCUUAACAACGUGCACUAUGUUUGCAUGUACAGUUUUACAAAGGAUGCACCAGUUCCUUUUGUUGAAAACUGCGUGUUUUGAAAUAUAAAAAUCUAUAUGAAAAAUUAACUGUACAAAAUGGCCUUAAAUCUUUCACUGAUUUUCUUGGAAUUGUGCGAUGCCUUCUUCAGAAAAAAAAAAAAGAAAAAGAAUUGUUUCAAGGAAUUAAUGGUUAUCUAUUUUGUGUCAGUGUUUCUAUUGCUUUCUAGUGGAUUUUUCUUUGCACAAGUUCAAUUAUGGAGAAAAGAAUUAUCUUGUACUUUUUUGAAACCGUGAUUAAUCAGAGAAAGCAUGGCUGAACUACUGAUUGUCUGAUAAUACAUAUAAUAGAUGACUAUUUCUGUAUCGAACUAUGGAUUUUUAAAUAAAUAUUCAUAUUAAACUCAA